AUGAGCUCAGCAACCGCAGCUUGGCGUUUUUCACUCAUAUCGGCGUCUUCUUCUUCAUCUUCUUCUUCAUCUUCUGCUCCUUCUUCGUCGCUAUUAGCUUCUUCAGCUCGAGCCCCAGGCUCGUCGGCUUCAUCCGCUUCUUCUUCGUCUCCCUCGUCGUCCUCCGCUUCCGCCUCCGCUUCCUCUGCGGUUUCCUCAACCGUUUCGUGA